AUGUCACAGCUGGACGAUCUGCCGAACCGGGACCUGGCCGAGGAAAUCGAGGCUAUAAAUGCCAUAUACGAGCCCGACACCAUUGCAAUAAGUCGGUCGGCGAGCACAUCCACCAGCACGCUAGACCUGGGCAGCACCGGCUCCUCCUCCAAUGACCCCGCACAAACGACUGUGACGCUCCAGCUCCCUGGCCAACCACACCUUUCGUUUCUGAUCGGGUUUGGAGCUUCUUAUCCGGAGACGCAGCCUUUUGUCCUUGGGACUGCGUCGACUGCGGCGCGCGGGGAGGGCAAGAUUGCCGUUGAUGUGUUGGAGGAUAUUAUACAGCGGACAUGGCAGCCCGGUGCUGUGUGUUUGUUCGACGUGAUCAGUGAAGCUGUGGAGGUAUUCCCGGAACUCAAUAUUGGAGGGAAUAAAGAGAGCGAACAACCACCCGGAACAACAGAGUCAACGCCAGCCGGACAAUCUUCAAAUGCAAACGACAAAUCCGACGAAGAGAUUGCUGUCUCGAACGAGGAAUUUGCGGCCCUUUCGUUGAAGGAUGCUUUUGGACUUGAUAGCCCUCCUGAUUGGAUUCUUUCCGACGUCGUGACGGAGAAGAAAUCUGUUUUCCUGGCUAGAGCCGUCCAGGUCAAGGAUCUUGCGCAGGCGCAGGCAUUCCUGGAUCAUCUAACGGCUACGGACAAAAAGGUCGCUGUGGCGUCGCACAAUAUAUCCGCCUGGCGGAUUAAGCAAAAGAAGGAAGGGGAGGAGGAGCCAUAG